AUGGCUGCUUUGUUGGGACAGUCUGAAAUGGUGGAGUACCUGUACCCUAAAACUUAUGAAAUAUUUGACGAAAGGGACCGCAAUGCGCUGUUUUUUACUUGUGUCGAUACAGAUUUAGCCAUGAAGAUGUUAGGAAAUUAUACAGCAUUAGCUACGGUUCGUAAUGGGGAAAAUGAAACAGCCUUGCAUGUCUUGGCUCGAAGGCCUUCAGAAUUUGCUAGCCAAAGUUCAGGAUUGUGGAGUAGAAUCACCAAUUCAUUUCAGAAGUUUGCAUACAAGGGAAACUCGAAGCAAACCAAAGCCCUUCAACUAGUUCAACAGCUUUGGAAAGAAAUCUUAAAACUUGACGACCAAGUGGUCAUGAGCUUGAUAAAAUAUCCUUCACAACUACUAUUUGAAGCUACAAGAUUAGGAAAUUUCGAAUUCCUGGCUGCGCUUUUAAGCGCUUAUCCUGAUUUAUUCUGGGAACUCGACGAAAACAAAUGGAGUAUAAUCCAUGUUGCAGUUUUGCAUCGUCAUGCAAGUAUCUUCAAUCUAGUGCAUGAGAUAGGCUUUAUCAAGGACUUCAUAACUGCAAUGAGUGAUGAUGAGGAUAACAACAUAUUACAUCUGGCUGCAAAAUUAGCACCUCAAAAUCAACUCAAUCUUGUGUCAGGAGCAGCUCUUCAAAUGCAGCGAGAGCUAGUAUGGUUUGAGGAAGUUAAAAAGAUUGUGCAACCUCUCUCUACAGAGAUGAAAAAUAAGAAUGGCAAAACACCGAGAGAAUUAUUCACCAGUGAACAUGAGGGGUUAUUGCAUAAAGGAGAAUCAUGGAUGAAGAACACUGCAAAAUCGUGCAUGCUUGUCGCAACCAUUAUUGCCACUGUCGUGUUUUCGGCUGCAUUUAGCAUACCAAGCGGAGUAGCCCUCUUUUCCUCUUCAACUUCCAUGCUGAUGUUCUUGUACAUCCUCACCUCGCGGUAUGCAGAAAAUGAUUUUCUCAAAUCCUUACCGUUGAAGUUAAUGGUAGGACUCGCAUCACUCUUCAUCUCCAUGACAUCCAUGAUGAUAGCCUUCAGCACAGCCUUCUAUUUAUCUCGUCACUACGGAUUAGUCUUAUAUUUCAGCCAAGAAAACAUAUGA